GUGGAGGGGAGAAAUCGAUUUAAAAAACAACAUGUCACAUUUUCACUGGACAAACAUCAGGAUGUUAAUCAGAAUGGGCACGUAACAAAAAUCGAACUGGAGCUGGAGGAAGCUCCAGACGACAUGAUCUUCGUUGGAUCGAUGCCAUCCGAAUUGAACGUCACCAGUAAAAUUAAUUCGACCUAUCCGGAUGGUGCAGUCAUAGUCAGAGCAGAAGAGGCUUUGAUAGUUAUUUUGGUUCUCCUCCUUUGGGCUGCGGCAAUUGCAUUAUUCUUCAAUCGAUGGGGAAAAAUCAGAAUGUUAGAACCAUAUCAACCGAAAUUUCAACAACAACAUAGAUCAAGUUGUACCACAAUUGAACAAAAUCAACUUCAGAAUCGGCGCACAUUUUCGAAAUGCAAUAUACUCUGCAACGAUUAUCCGACGGGACAUGAAUUGAACUAUGCUUCGGGUCAAACGCGGCCGAGACAGAACAGCGUGUUCAUUGGCUCCAGUACAUCUUUGCUCCCAGGUGGUCAAGGUACACCGCGACGCACGAAAAGCGCGUUCGAUCUCCAAUUCUUGGUGUUUUCCGAGAACAAUACCGUGCCGGAUUCCUCCAUUGAAUCGGAUACACAAAGAAACUUUAAACAGAUCAGUGAAUCCACGAAAUUGUUGCAACGCGAGCGAAAGGCCAGCAUCUGCCAAACAUUGGACAGAGCCCCAGAAGCUAAGCCCUUGUUCCGGGAUAGAGGGAUGAGUAUCUGUCAGCUCGAUAGUUCCCCGAAAUCGUGGCAACGAGAUCGUGGGAUGAGCAUCUGCCAAUUCGAUAGGAUGGAUGUACUUGCCAGACCGCUUCAAAGAGAUCGCGGAGGAAGUAUCUGCCAUUUUGACAGAAUGGAUGUAUUGGCCAGACCGUUGCAAAGAGAUCGCAUAGGUAGCGCUUAUCACUUUGACAGAACAGACGUUCUGGCCAGGCCUAAUUUUUCCCUUGGCAAGUCGUUGCUGAAAGAGAGACGCGUCAGUAUGUGUAACUUUUUGGAGAAGGACGAGGAAACUGUGAGGACUAUUCAGAUGGAACGGCGUUUGAGCAGCAGUAACAUUGAGAAAAUCGUAAAAGAUGCAUCGAUCGAGGAAGCGAGGAAUGAGCAGAGAGGAAAACAGGAUAUAUUCGCUAAAUGCAUGUCCAAAGAAAAAAAAGAUACCUCUUAUCAAUUGGAUCAACCGUGUUGCAGCAAAACGGCCGACACUGUAUUUGGAUACAAGGCUACUUUUGAAUACGUAUCAAAGUUUCUUUCAUAAAGGCCAUCUAUUUUCUCGACACUUUAUACUACUUAUA